GAGCUCUCAGCUUUCGCCUCCGGAUCAUCGAAGAUGAAAGCGAAUCGCAAGCUCAAGAAACCAGACGCAUCGUCGAAGCUGAUUUUGAAGGAGAUUAUCGGAUUAACAACGAAGAAUGGGAACGGAUUGGCGUCGAGUGUAUCCAGCUCGAGGUGCGCUUAUGUGGCGGGAUGCGUAGUGGUAGUUUACAAUGUUGACUCCAGCACGCAGUCGCACCUAAUGGUCACUCACCGAACACCUAAACCACUAACUUGUCUCGCUAUGUCGGCUGAUGGCCGGUUUGUAGCAGCCGGCGAGUCAGGACAUCAACCUGCAGUGUUAGUGUGGGACUGCACAACACUUUCCUUUUUAUGUGAACUAAAAGGCCAUCUAUAUGGAGUUGAGUGCAUUGCUUUCUCACCUGACGGGGAGCAUCUGGUGUCCAUUGGAGGAUAUAUUUACCUUUGGGAUUGGCGGAAUGGAAUGUUGGUUACGAAGCUUAAAGCAAGUUCAUCUUGUUCUGCAGUUACAUCUGUCAGCUUCUCAUCAAAUGCAAAAUUUAUUGUAACUGCUGGGAAAAACCACCUAAAAUUCUGGACAUUUGGAACUUCUCCACGGACUAAAACAAACAAAAGGACAGUGUCAAUGGGUUUGCAUGGAAAACAUGUUGAUCUUGGUCCUCAAAAGGGGAGCUCAUUUGUAUCUGUCACAUCUGCCAUCUGGACUUAUAAUAGUGUUAUGGACUGUGGCCAGAGUGGACCAUUUCAUAUCUAUGCUCUGACUGAUGCAGGAGUUUUAUGCCUUAUAGAUUAUGGGCUGUCGGUGAGAAAUUCAGUUGAUUUAAAGGUCAAAAGAGGAUAUUCACUAUCUGCAUCCAGUAAGUUCAUUGCUUGUGCAUGCAGUGAUGGAGUAGUGCAACUCUUUACUGUUGAAAAUCUCAAAUAUGUGGGAAGUCUGCUCCAUUCAGCAGCCAAACAUUGUCAAGGGGAAAAUGAUCUUCACUGCCCCAAAGCCAGUGAGAAGAGUUUUCAGCCUUUGCCUACUCUUCCUGAUGCAAUUGCUUGUCAGUUCUCCACCUCUGAAAAGCUUGUGGUUGUUUAUGGAGAUCAUAGUCUCUCUAUAUGGGAUAUUCAUGACAUUAGCAAGGCUACAAGGUGUUGUGCACUCAUUUCACACUCUGCCUGCAUAUGGGAUAUCAAGAACCUCUGUUGUGAAAACAUGCAUGAUCCUUCUUUUGCAUGUGCUGCUAGAGGAUGUUCUGGAGGUGUUUCUUUUGCAACAUGUUCAGCUGAUGGCACUAUUAGGUUAUGGGAUCUUCUCCUACAACCUGAUUCAUCAAAGGGAAUCAUGGACUGCAAUUCUUUGACUACUGAACCAUUGGGCAGUAUUUGUUUAGUUAGUGCUGGAACUUUUGAACGUGAUACCAUAGAGGCAAAUUUUAGCAAUGUAGGGUUUCGCUCAUUGGCAGUUAGUUCAGAUGGAAAGUACAUGGCAGCUGGUGACUGUGAGGGGAACCUUCAUAUCUAUGACCUACACAAUGCUGAUUAUACGUGCCUUAAGGAUGCUCACGAUGCAGAGAUUCUCUCAUUGAGCUUCAGCUUUACAAGCAAGAAAUGUGCUGAUUUUGAAGAAAGCAACAACCAUUACCUGCUCGUUUCUGGAGGACGAGAUAGGGCAAUCCAUCUUUUUGAUGUAAAAAGGAAUUUUGAUCUCAUUGAAAGCAUCGAUGACCACUCAGCUGCUGUUACUUCUGUCAAACUAGCUUACAAUGGAUGUAAGAUUCUGAGUUGUAGUGCCGAUAGGUCCCUGGUUUUCCGUGAUGUCAGUGUAAUGGACAGUGGUUAUAUGAUUCUUCGCCGUCACCAUCAAAUGGCCUCUAAUGGAACUGUCUAUGACAUGUCCAUGGACCCCGAAAUGGAAGUUGUUGUCACGGUUGGCCAGGAUAAGAAGAUAAACACAUUUGACAUUGCUUCUGGAAAGCUUAUUAGAUCAUUCAAGCAAGAUAAAGACUUUGGUGACCCAAUAAAGGUUACUGUGGAUCCAAGUUGCAGUUACUUAGUUUGCUCUUAUUCUAACAAAUCCAUCUGCAUGUAUGACUUUGUGAACGGAGAGAUAGUUGCUCAAGCUUUAGGGCACGGAGAAGUUGUGACUGGUGUGAUUUUCCUACCAGACUGCAGGCAUAUGGUUUCUGUAGGUGGUGACGGCUGUAUUUUUGUAUGGGAACUGCCUGGUCGUUUGGCUUCUAGGAUGUUGCAUAAAGUGAAAGAAAAUUCCUUUCCACUGUCUCCCAGAAACUUUACUCAGCCGGUCUGUUUUAGUGGAAUUGUACUUCGUGAAGAGGAAGACCAGUCAGGCAAAACUAAUCCCAAAAGUGUGAUGUCUCUUGAGAAACAACAAGCGCAUCAUCAAGGAGGGGACUCACAAGAGACCUCUGCAUUUAAAUUUACCAUUUCAAGACUUCCAAAAUGGGCACGGGCAAAAAUAACAAGCCCUGACUUUGCUCCAAGGAAUCUUGAGUUCACUCUAUCCCAGAAGCAAGUGGAACUGGAAAUUUCCUCACCUUUAAUUGGAGAGGAAGGCAGGGUUUCAGCUUCUGUUAGCCCUGAAGAUCAAACUCCAUCUAAUCAUGUUUCAGUAUACAAAAAGGUGGGCCUUAAUAGAUUUUGUGGAAGCUCUCCUGAGACUGAUAAUAGCCAAGUUUCAGCAUCUCCUCAUGAAAGAAUCAGCAACUUUGCCAUGGACAACCGCUGGCUCACUGUUUAUAAUGUUUGCCUGGAUCUACUGAAUUCUCCAGAGGUGCAAAAUUUGGAGGACAUGAAAAAGCCAGUAUCUUCCGUGAAUUUGUCGCAAGAUCAAGUUGGGCAGCCAAGUGAUGGUGAACCCUCAUUUCAGCAUGGGGACCAUGGUAUAGAUGAUAAGAGGGAUGCCACAAAAGAUGCCUAUCCACAUAAUAUUGACCUUCUCCAGAGUAGUCAGUAUCAGCUGGAAAUGCAGAAGACAAAUGUGUGCAGCGAGGCAGUUACUGAUGCAACAGAGCAGUUGCAUUCUAAUAAAACCAAGGUUGAAGGAAAAAUGGAUGUUGAUGUCUUCCAAAUAAAUUCUGAAGGUAGUGACUUGUUUAAGGAGCAUUUUGGCAGUCUAUCAACAAAACUCAAGGUUGAGAAGAAGAAAUCAUCUGCGAGAAGAAGAUUCUCUUCACAGUAUGUUGUACAGCGAGACUAUAUUGCCAGCUGCAAGAGACUCUUUGACAUAAAUUCAGGGAUGUCGAACUAUAAGAGUGAAUCUGCCAUCAACAAUAAAACCGAUGGUCCAGCUUUCCAGGUUUUGGAAGAACAGUUAGUGAUAGGUUCUAAUGAAAAGGACCCAAACUUGGCAGAAUGCUUGCUUGACCCACUUCCUGCUUUCUCAGGAGACAAAACAGAGAAAUGUGCAGUCGAAGAAAAUUCAUCAAACGUGGAAUUAAAAGAUAGGACUAAACAGGAGGAAUCUGUUCCUGGAGGAAAUGAACUGGAGGAUAAAAUCACCGCAUGUAGGGAGGCGUUAGUGAAUUUGGAGACCGCUGCUGACAGUGUUUUGCAAUUAUUUUCAGACUUAGUAACCGUGGCUUCUGCAGGAGAACUUACAAGUGGACUUGGAGCUCAGUUAUGUGAUCAAGUAGCUAAGCUAAUUCCAUCAAUUGCAGAAAAAUUAAGUGCAGUGACUAAACUGGUGCAACUUAGCAAGAAAGAUUAACUUCCACCCUAGAGUAAAGUUGAAGAUUCAGAAUCCUUUAUCUUAAAGAGUCGUUGAAAUAUUAAAGGAUCUCAACACCGUUUGGCUUAUCUGCUUGCAUGUAAAGUCCUUUAGAGGUCCCUGGACACAGAGACUUGAAGAAAGGAGGAUUGCUCCUUUGUAUAUGGCUAACAACCAAAGAGGAAGAGGAAGAAUAGACGUGUACCCAAAGGGAAUUUCCCAUUUCUCUUUGGUCCAGUCCUUUAAAACCCAUUCUUCAAGAUUUAAAACAGGCUUUGUUUCCUCAGUUGGCCCAUCUGAAAGACUCAAAGGCCACAGGAGAAGCCCAGUAAAAUGGAGACUAAAGCACCCAAGCAGAUUUCAAAGCAUGUCAGUGAACAGUAAAGAUCAGCCAGGCACUUAUAGCAUCUCUGUUUGGAAUAUAAAAUGUAAAUUCCUAAGAAGGUAUGCCAUUGCCGAAAUCAAUUGUCGUAUGCUUCCAUGUUUUUGUCUUUGCUUUAGUAACAUGCCAAACUCUAAAUUCUUUCUUGGGAUUCCUUCACUUAACAUUUAUUAUAUAAUUGCAUAGGUUUUCUUAA